AUGGCUAUGGCGUUGGCUGUUAAUGGAAUGUCUACCAUACCUAUUACACUUUAUUCAAUAGUUUUAAAUAAAAUAUUAAAAUAUGAUUGUAAAGAUAGUCCAGGAGGGCAUUUUUUAAUAUUUAUACCAAGAAUAAUUUUGGUAAUACCAUUUUUCUUUUCAUUCCCAUUAUUAGCAUAUUUAUAUGGAUGGCUAGUUGAUAAAGCAAUUCAAGGUGCAGUUUAUGUACCAUUUGUAAUUGCAAUUGGAUUUUUAUUUGCAAUAGUAAUUGGUUAUUGGUUCACAAGAUCAAUGAGUUUAUUUAAAGAUUCAAUUAGUAAAAUGAAAAUAACUGGAGAUGAAAGUUAUUUUAAAGGACUUGGAGAAAGUCUUUUAGAUAUUGGUGCAGUAUUUGCAUUUUUUAUAUCAAUUAUUACAAUAGUUAGAAUUCCAUUCAUGUUAAUGGCAUUAGCAAAAAGAAGUACUUUUGAGUAUGAUAAAAAGUCAAUUAGAAAGAAUUUAUUCAUUCAUAUGUUUUUAAUCAUUUUUGAUAUUUUAUCAUUACCUUCACUAUUAAUUGUUUUAUUAACAAUUUUAAGAGCUGGUUCAUUAUUUUCAAAAAUUAAAAAAGAUUAUUCAACACCAUGGAGAAUAUGUUUUAAUUUAAAUCUUAGAUUAGAAAUUUUAAAAAAUGCAAUAAUUGUUUUCUUAGAAUUUGGAGUAAUGUUAUUAAGUUUUGUUUUAAUUUUAGCACCAUGGAGAAUUCCAACUGCAAUUAAAGAAUUUAAAAAAGGUAAAUCUCAAGGUGAAAAAUUUGGACAAUACUUUGUUGAAGAAUUAAAUGCAUUAGUAGAUUUAGGUGUAAUUUUAAUAUGUACACCAUUACUUGUUACUCUUUAUAGAAUACCUGUAUUAAUUCAUAAAUUUCGUAGAAAUGAUGUUACAAAUGCAAGAGAAAGAAGAAUUGAAGCAUUAUUUCAAACAUUAUUUAUUAUAGUUGAUUUCUUUAUAUUAUUAUUUUCAAUAUUUAUAUUGAUUACAAUUUAUAGAGUACCAAGAACCAUUAGAAAGAUUUUAGAUUCACCACAUAGAUAUUAUGAAAAGAUUACAAUUCAAUUCUUAAAGAUUUGGGCAGAUGUACCAUUCUUGUUUAUGGGAUUAAUUGUAACUAUUUUAUUAUGGAGAGCACCAUUUAUGUAUACUCAAAUGUAUAGAGCAACCACUAAAAGAGAUAGAAGAUCAAUUAUUAAACGUCAUUUCCUUUGGUUAUGGAUUGAUAUUUUAGAUUUACCAUUUGUUUUAAGUAGUUUCAUUAUCUUAUUAACAUUAUGGAGAUCCUAUGCAUUCGUUUGUGGUUUCAUUACAAUGGAUACUCGUAAAAAGCAAAGAAUAUUCGUUAUUAAACAAAUCUUUUAUUGGUUUAUGGAUAUACCAACUUUUAUUGGUCUAUUAUUAAUUACUAUCACAAUUUAUAGAUUACCAAAAACCAUAAAAUUAUUAAGAAGUUAUUUUAAAUAUACAAAUUUUGAUAUGGAUUUAUCAAAAGUUAAUUCCUCCUCUUCAAAUACCUCAAAUACUUCUAGAAGAGAUGCAUAUACUUUUGAAGAUUCACAAAUACCACCAAUACCAUCAGAAGAAGAAAAUGAAGAUAAUCCAACACCAGUAAUUCAAAAUAAUCAAUCAAAAUCAAAUAGUAAUAAUAAUAAUAAUAAUAAUAAUAAUAAUUUAGAAAUUGAAGAAGAAAGAUUUUCAUCUUGGCGUAAAGUUGUAUUAAGUCAAUUAUUUUUAUUAUUAAUUGAUAUACCAUUCCCAAUAUUAAUCUUAAUGACAAUGUGGAGAUUACCAAUUUUAAUUAAGAGAUUAAAAGAAAUUAAUGAUCCAAUUAGAAAAUAUUCAUUAAGAAGAUUAUUAAUUUUAAGAUAUGUUUUAUUGACAUUUUUAGAUUUGCUUUGUUUGGUACCAACAUUAUUUAUAUUGUUAACAGGUUGGAGAAUACCAUCAUUCAUAUCAAUGGUAAAGCAAUACCAACGUGGUGACAAUGAACAUAGAUUACUUGGUUUACUAUUUUGGGAUACUCUAGUCGAUAUACCAUUUGUAUUGAUGGGUUUAAUUACAAUACCAUUCCUUUGGAGAGGUCCAUUUUUAAUUAAAACCAUUUUCAUCAAACGUGAAUGUAAAACCGAUAAAGAAGCAAGAAUAAUGGCAGCAAAAUAUUUGGGUGUAUGUUUAUUGGAUUUGGUAAUAUUCUUGGAAUUAAUUAUAAUCACUUGUACAAUGUGGAGAUUUAAAACUUUUAUUAAAACAUUUAAAGAUGAAUUAAAAAGAAGAGAAACUGAUAGAUCAUCACAUAAAUUCUUUCAAACUAUUUGUUUCUUUUAUUCAACAUCAAUCACUUGUAUUAUCAUUGUAGUUGAUAUUUGGAAAUCUAUUCAAAUUUUAAUCAUUUGUUUAUUCAUUAAACAAAUUGCACCACUUUAUAGAGCAAUUAAAACCAAAAUUGCAGAAACACCAGAUUUCACAUUGGCUGAUACUUUGAAAAUUAUAGAUUACUAUUUCCUUCAUACUCUUAUGGAUGUACCACAUGUUUUCUUAAUACCAAUUAAAUUAUUGGCUUUCCCAUUCCUACCAAUUCAUUUAUAUUUAAAGUAUAGAAUUAAAGCAAAACAAAAUGAACAAAGAAAAUUACAAUUGGAAAAGCAACGUGAAGAAAUUCAAAUUCAUAUUCAAAGACAAUAUGAUAAUUUGGAUAAUGAUUUACCAAUUAUACCAAUACCAAAUAAUCCAACAUUGGUUAAAGAUGAAGAUUUAAUUGAAACAUCUACUACAAUGUCAUUUAUUCAUUAUCCAAUACUUUGGUUACAUGAUACUUCAAAAGAAUUAUUAAAUUAUUAUGAAUUGGAUAAAUUCUUUAUAAUUAAUAUGUUUGGAUUAGGUUUAAUAGUAAUUAAUGAACUUUCAUUGAUUGUUGUAUUGGUAAAUUGUUUAUACAUGUUUUUGGUUACACUUGGUUCACCAGCAUGGAGAGGUACAAUGGAAAAAUAUGGUUGGGAUGCAUUGGGUAAAGCUUCAGGUCCAAUGGUGAUUUUCGAAUAUAUUACAGUGGUAUUACAAGCUUUAUUAUUCCCAAUAUUCAUUUUAAUUCAAAUUGCAAUCGUACUAUUACCAACUCUAUUGGCACUUGGUUUUUAUCCAUCACCAAAUCUCGAUUUCGUUCAAUAUUGGAAAGGUUUCUUUAGUGAACGUUCUUUCUGGAGAGAGGCUUCCCAAUUUUCAAGUGGAGUUUGGGUGGCUCAAGCAUUUUGGUUCUUGGUUUGUGUUGUAUCUUGGCAUGUAACAUUUAAAGUCGCUAAAAAACAUAUACCAAUUUUCUCACCAUGGAAAUCAUAUUAUUGGUUAGUAAAGAAAGUAUUCCAUGGUAGAAUUUGGUUCUGCUAUAGAUGGUUAUUGGUUCAAGGUACUAGAGUUUGUUAUAAAUUAAGAAGAGCUUGUUUAAUUGGUGAAUUGUUAAUGUUCCCAUUAUUCAUCAUUUGGACUUGUUGGUCAUUCAUUAUACCAAUUGUAACAAAGAUUUAUUAUAUUUUCAUUGCUUCUGGUAUCAUUUCAUUAGGUUUAAUAGUUAUUGCUUAUAAAGUUGUAAAAGAGAAUUGGAAUGAUAAAGCUGCCAAUGGUGGUCAAGAUGGUGGUGCUGAUAAGAAUCAAUUAUUAAUGAAUCUACAAUCGGUAGAAUGUGAAUUGCCAGAAAGUGGUGGUAUAGUAUUUAAAUUCCAAGCUAAUAAAUCAUAUGAUCAAUCGUUAAUUCAAAUUAAAGAUGCACGUCUUUCAAUUGAAGGUGAAUCACUUUGGGAGGCAAUCUAUCAAAUUGUUGGUAAAACUAAAGUUAGAGCGGCAUUAAUGGUAGUUGGUUAUCCAAUCUCUUUGGUACCAAUGUUUUUAGAUGUUGAUCAAGUUAAUCAAACUACUCAAAAUUUGGAUGAUUCUGGUAGAACUCAAAGAACAUGUUCUUUCCAAUUAAAAAUUGGUAUUGAAGGUAGUAAAUUCUUAAUGAAAAAGAAAUUAAUUACAAGAUUAUUAAAUCAAAUUAGAGAAAUUAAUAAUCAACCAUUCGAAAUUGUAAUUGAAUAUGGUAAAAAGAAUUUUGGUUGGGAAAAACAUGGAAAUAUACUUAAAUUUAAAACUUCUGUUACAACAUUAUUUGAUAAUACAAUUAAUUCAAUUAAUAAUUAUGAAAGUUAUUUUGAUAAUAAUAAUAAUAUUCGUUUAAAUGAUAUUGGUACACCAUCUUAUAAUAAUAAUAAUAAUAAUAAUAGAUUAUCUCCAAUAGCUCCAGCCAGAAAUAAUACCUCAUCAAGUGUUAGAAAUGCAAGAAAUAGUGUUGAAAUUCAAAGAAGUCAUUAUACCAUAAAUAAUGAUGAAAUUGAUCCUGAACAAAUUGAAAUUUUAAGACAAAUCCAACUUGAGAAUGAAAAAAGAAAACAACAACAAAAACAACAACAACAACAACAACAACAACAACAACAAGAAGAAAAUGAAAAUAAACAAGAACAAGAACAAGAACAAGAACAUCAACAAGAACAAGAACAUGAACAAGAACAAGGACUUGAAGAGCAAGAGCAAGAACAAAUUAGUCCAGUGGUUGAAUCAACAUCAUCAUCAUCAUCAUCCCAAUCACCAAUUGAAUCAUCAAUUCAACCAGUGGUUCAAGAACAAUCAAUUACUAUGGAUGAUUAUAUUUUAGAUGAUGGUCAAGAUACUGAAGAAUUUUAUAAAAGUUUAGAUAAAAGUAAUAAUGUAACUACAUCUACAACAACAACACCUACAAAAUUAAGAAAAAGAAAUAUGAAAAAAUAA